UUUCUAUAUAAUAAAGCGGACUGGGUUGGUCUACGCAAACACAUAAAUGAUUUUAGCGAGUCCUUUGUCAGUAUAAACUUAUUAGACCCUGGUAAAUCUGCCAACUAGCUCUGGGAUUCAUUUAAACUUGAACUUGAAAAGAGCAUCAAGAAAUACAUCCCUUCCAAAUCUGCAAAGCGAAGAAAUGGGCUCCCCUAUAUGACUACAGAAAUCAAACGACUAAUGAAAAAGAGAGAUAAACUACACGCCAAGAAAGACCCAACGUACAAAAAGUUGAAACAUCUGGUGCAGAAGAAAUUGCGGGCUGCAUAUUGGCUAUACAUCGAAGAUGUCAUUACUCCUCUAGACAGUACCGACACAUAUAAGGCCAGCAAGCGCUUCUGGUCAUUUAUCAAACAUUCAAGAUCCGAUAUAACUGGUAUGCCCCCUUUGAAACACAAUGGUCUAAUGGUGACAAGUGCUGUAGACAAAGCAAAACUAUUAAAUGACACUUUUUACUCAACAUUCACUUCUGCACCUGGCAAUUCCUGCCUUCCUCAUCAUACAUGUAGCCCGUAUCCAGACAUGCCAGAUAUUCACAUCAGUGUUGAAGGAAUUACCAGACUUCUCCAAAAUCUUAAACCACACAAGGCUGCAGGACCCGAUGGCAUCAGACCACGAGUAUUAAAAGAACUAGCUCCAUCUAUAGCACCCAUUCUCCAAUUGAUAUUCACCACCUCGCUCUACAAUCAUGCUAUCCCUGAUGACUGGAAGUUGGCCUUAAUUACACCAGUUUACAAAAAAGGAGAAAAGGACUCCCCAAAAAACUACCGCCCAAUAUCACUUACCUGCGUAUGCAGUAAACUGAUGGAACAUAUCAUAACAUCUAACAUGACGACACACUUCGAGCUACAAAAUGUCCUUUACCAGCUGCAACAUGGUUUUAGACGCGGUCGAUCUUGUGAGACACAGUUGCUUGAGCUUACAACAACUCUUCAAGCAAACCUUAACGCGAGAGCGCAGACAGAUCUUGUAAUCAUGGACUUUUCAAAGGCCUUUGACAAGGUCUGCAAUAACAAGCUCCUAGCAAAACUGGACUUCUAUGGUGUACGAAGUGAUAUUUUGCAUUGGAUAUCGUGCUUCCUUGAUAGUCGUCAGCAGUGCGUUGUAGUCGAUGGAGAACAGUCCCCAUAUCUCCCAGUCCUCUCUGGUGUUCCUCAAGGCUCCGUUAUCGGUCCAAUCUUGUUCCUUGUGUACAUAAACGAUCUCCCGGAAUACGUUCAAUCCAAUGUACAUCUCUUUGCUGACGACACAAUUAUGUAUCUGGCAAUUCACUCAGAAGAUCAGUGCGCUCAACUACAAUCAGACCUAGACAACCUACAAUCAUGGGAGAAUGAUUGGCUAAUGGAGUUUAACUCAGACAAAUGUGAAGUCCUACGAGUAACGCGCAAGAAAUCAGUGAUCCAUCAUGACUAUACUCUCCACGGCAAAGUCCUCAGGUCCGUCACAAGUGCCAGGUACCUUGGAGUACAAUUAUCACACGAUUUAAAGUGGAACUCUCACAUCAGCAAUGUUACUGCCAAAGCAAACCGUACUCUAGGGUUUCUGAAAAGAAAUCUGAGGGUAAAAAUUUGUGAACUCAAGCAAAAGGCCUAUGUUAGCCUUGUACGCCCCCAGCUAGAGUACUGCUGCAGCGUUUGGGAUCCCCGACGCGGAGUUGAAAACAACGGUUCAUACAGAGUGGAGAUGAUUCAACGCAGAGCGGCGAGAUGGACCCUAGCACGCUUUCAUCCACUGGCUAGUGUUACUGAAAUGCUAAAUGAACUUGGGUGGCGCUCUCUUGAGGAAAGACGCAUUGACGCUCGUCUAGUCCUGAUGUACAAAAUUGUCCAGGGCCUUGUACCAGUCAGCUGUUCAAAUCUUCUUCGUCCUGCAUUAAGAAGAUCUCGAAAUACCCAUGAACACUCAUUCCUACCUAUAGUCUGCAACACGUCCUCCCACUACCUAUCCUUUUUCCCAAGAACAAUAAACCAGUGGAACAGUAUUCCUUCAAACAUUUUUUCAAAUUGUGACACAACUGACACUUUUCGUCAGCGUAUUUCACAACUGUCUCAUUCUAGUAAUGUUUAGUGUGUUAUUGCGACCCUCGGCCGAGCUUGGGGAUCGGGGGCUCUGUUUGGGGGUUUGAUCGUCAAUAACGCACAUGCUACCAGACAAAUUCAAUUUCCCUUGGUGACUGUGCCUACGUGGCGAUCGGGCAUUCUGGCGGAGCUCCUGAUCUCCGAUCUCGGCUCGGGACCGUUCUAGGGUGUUUUUGUUUUUAGUGUUUUUUUUUGUUUUUUGUUUUUUUUUAUCUGCUAUUAUUUAACUUUCUAUCAUAUUAACUUUAAAUAGCUUAUUAUUAUCAACUUUUUCUUUGGGUUAGCAACAUGUAUUCUGCUGACCCCAGUAAAUAAUCCUCAUACUGAGGGGUGUGCUGUACUGGAAGAUAGAUAGAUAGAUAGA